UCUCCUCUCCCUCCCUUUCUCCUAAUCUCUAUUUAGGAUGAACAGAUGAAGCCCAUCAUGAGUCUCUCGCUCCCUAAAAGCGACUCCACCGCUUCUCUGCUCAGAUCUUCCGCGGCAGACCGGAGAUCGCGAGCCCCGGACGAGCCGCUCUGGAGCCCCGAUAGCGACGCGAGCUCGCGCCGUCCGCUCUGCCACCCGGCGCUGCUGCUGCCGUCGCCGCCGGACCGAAAGCGCGCGGCGGGGAAGAGCCAGCCCAAACUGCGCGAGGAUGCACCGGAGCGGACGGGCGCGAGCAGCGGCGGCGAUGGUAGCGGUGGUGGUGGUGGUGGUGACGGUGGAGGAAAAGAGCGCAAGACAUCCAGACACGCGCACCGACACCACCACCAUCAUCACCAUCAUCACAACAAUCAUCACAACCACCACCAUCAUCAUCACCAUAACCGGUCCGCGCGGGACGACCUGCCUCACGAGCCACGCACGAAACACGCUCACGGUGCUCGCGCGCCCAACCGGACUCGGUCUUUUUCCGAGGGCUCGGAAGAGACGGCCUCCACUUCCUCUUCCACCUCGCUUCUGUUCUUCCAGUCCCCCCGGACGCACCGGCGGACAUCCGGAGCCGGGGGACAAGCGCGCGACCCCGACAUGGGCAGCUCGUGCUCACCGGUGCCCGCAGCCUCCACGAGCGCAGCAUCUUCCGACUCAGAUUUCAAACUGCGGCCUAUUCUCAACUCCGUGUUCGGACAGGAUCGAGAGCUGAGACCUGAGGAGAUCGAGGAACUCCGUGAAGCCUUUAAAGAGUUUGAUAAAGAUAAGGAUGGCUUUAUCAGCUGUAAAGACCUGGGGAACUGUAUGAGGACGAUGGGCUACAUGCCCACUGAAAUGGAGCUGAUCGAACUGAGCCAACAGUUCAACAUGAACCUGGGAGGUCAUGUGGACUUCGAUGACUUUGUGGGACUUAUGGGACCAAAGCUUUUGGCAGAAACAGCAGAUAUGAUCGGAGUGAAGGAGCUCAGAAACGCCUUCAGGGAGUUUGACACUAACGGUGAUGGAGAGAUCAGUACAAGUGAGCUGAGGGAAGCCAUGAGGAAACUGUUAGGCCACCAGGUGGGGCAUCGAGACCUGGAGGACAUUCUGAAAGAUAUCGACCUGAAUGGUGAUGGACGUGUAGACUUUGAGGAGUUUGUGCGCAUGAUGUCCCGAUGAAGGAGCCAAAACUUUUGCACACUGCACACUAAAUCCUGACCCCUUACUUUCUGCUGGCUGGAGGAGACGAGACGAGAUGAGGAACGUUAAAACGUUUUAUCACGUGCACGACUGAUCGAUAUGCAUCCGUUCAAUGCGAUAUGCGUCCAAUCAGCGAUCAUCUCACAGGAAACCACACGUGAAAACGUUUUAGCCCGGCUCCGACGAUAACGACAACACUGCUGUAAAGAAAAGCUUUAAUGAGCCUGAAUGAAAAAUAAGAAAAACUGGAAGAAGAAAGCACACCUACGCACACCUACACACACACAAACACCUACACACACACACACACACACACACGUUGUAGCUGAGUGUUUCUGCACUUUUUAACCUUGUCUCAUGUCCAUCUACGUUGUAGAGAACCUCGGUUCUCUCAUUAAUCACGGCAAUAUUGUGUCUGUCUUAAUUUGUCUUGUUUGUGUAUCAGUGUGAGUCUGAGGAGUCUGAGGCAGUGUCCCGAAUGUGUUCUAGCGUUAGUUUAAAGUCGUACUCUGUGAUAGUUUAAUAUCACUCAUUAUAUUUCCAGGAGGAUUAAAGUGUUUACACGCAAUGUUAAAGCUUAUGCAGGGGGAAACUUCUGCAUCACUGCCACUUUAUUCUUCAGAAAUCACAGAGUGUGCCUUUAAAGUGAGAGAUGUCUUGAUGUGUGACGUCACAUCCCUCUCCUCCUCCUCUACACUUCCUCUAGACUCUUAAAGGGACAGUGCAGCGAAAAAAUAAAAAGUCCACAAAGUUUGGCUUUAAUCCACAUCCACUCGAUCUUAACUCAUCUUUAUCACGUCACAUUUCUAACACAAUUUGUACAUAACAGCCUCGAUAAAUAAUAUAUAAGAAAUAUAUAUAAAAGUAACGAAAAGGUUUACUGCAAUUGAACAUUUAUACAAUGAUUCAUAAAGCGCCCCCUGGUGGUGGUGAUGAAGCGUAUACUGCAAUAUGUUUGUCACUUUGCAAACGUUUUAAAUUAAAAUAUGCUUUUAUUACGUUAUAGCCGUUGUAAGAAUUAGCUCAAUGUUCAGUUAUAAAGUUUUGUUUUUAUCAAUAUUGUUUUGUUUUGUUUUAAUGCUAACGGGAUAUGAGCUUUGCUAAGUGCAUGUGAUUUCUCAGUGUUAAUUCUUUGAUGUUUUUUUACACAUAUAAUGUCAAAAUUUUACAUUUUUUACAUACACUUAUUACCACGCCACUUUCUGAGGAAGAAAGAGAUUUUAAAGAUUUUGAACUGUAGAUUUACUUACACAUGCAGACUUAAUGCACAAUGCUAAACUGGUAGCGAUAUGCUACUAUUACUUAUUAGCUAAGGUAGCCUCCUAGCUUCAGAACAAAACUAACAAAGCAAACAGCAGAAACCUACAACUGAAAAUAUCUUGAGGUAAAACUGUGGACGUUUAAUUUUUGGACAAAACUGUUUUGUUUAUUUCAUUCUUGCUGCUCAUGAGUGAAAUCGUUUGGGUCGUUUCGAACGGUGGAUAAUUCACUGCUUUCCACACAAACUUGCGGUCAAUCUUUACUUUAAUUUCUUCAUUAUCACCUAGCGCAUGUGGCAGUGCAGUUUUAGUCUGCGUUUUACUACGCUUCUAGUGCACACUCGCUAACUUCCCCUAACAACCCACCAGGACGUGUGUAUCACCUACGAUAUACGGAUUUGCAUAAAAUCUUGGGUUGAAUUACACAAUCUGACAAUUAUUUAAUAAAAGCCAGAUACCUAAACACAGCAAUGCACUAACGUUAGCCAGCUAGCUAGUCUCCAACAGUAGCUAUCUCAUGUUACAUAGCUAGCCAAGUUCAUAAGCAAGCAGGCUAACAUUAGCUAAACUACAACACUGUGCAGAUAAACUCAUCAGUUGAUGCGAAGCAGGAUGUUCAGCAAUAUAUGGGGAAAAAAGUCUGGUGGUGAUGCCAUGAUAAAGUCUGUGAUCGAGUGAUUGAGUUUAACGUAAGCUGAUAAAUGGAAUUGUGUCAUUCUCAAUCCUUCACACACAAUUCAGUAGAGGUAAUAAAGAUGGCGGACAAGUGAAUUCAACCAAGGGGAAGUGAACGAGGGUGCGAAAGAAAGCCAUAUUGGAACGCAGACUUUAUUCUAGCCCGAAUACUUCACAGAGACGUUUCCUGAAUAAAUUAAAACGACCAAGCAAAUCUCUGAAUCUUGAACGCCGUCUGAUCUCCGUGUCUGUGUGUACGUCAUUUUGGCGUCGACGUUUUGUCAUUUUGAUGUUAUGGCGAUUUGUUGUUAUCUCGUCACGUGUUUGUCGUAGAAAUGCAAUCUGUUGAAUUUCCUGCAUGCCAAAAACACCUCUGCACUCAUGAUGUAACAUAGUGAUUUUAAUAAAUUAUAGCAAAUAAAGUACAUGAAUAAUUCAUGAUUCUGCCUCAUCACCUCUUUAAUGAUUUGACUGUGGGAUUAGAAGACAGGAGGAGGAGGAGGAGGAGGAAGAGAACAAUAUAUAAGGAUAAGAGGAAGGUUGAAGGAUG